CGUGGCCUGUGGGUGGGGGCGUGGCCAGCGGGACGGCUGGCGGCGGGGGGGUAGGGAGCGCUGCCCGUGCUGCCGUGUGCGGUCCCAUCCCGCCCCCGGGAGCUCCCAGCGUCCCGCAGCGGGGAAAUUUCCACCUCCCGGCCCCGUGCGGCCCUGACUUGUGCCCCUCGGCACUUCUCCACCUGCUGUUCCAACCCCUUCCCCCCCCUCCAAAAGUGCGCUAUGGGACCCCCGUGCCUAGCAGCCGCACAACCGGCGGAGCAGCAGCACCGCGGGGGGCGGUGCGGGGAGCAGCCCUGGCGCCGGGGGACGGCGCAGCACGGAGCCCCCCCCGACGGCACCCGGGGUCCCCUGGGGGCCGCCGCACCGGCCCCGGCCUCGCCUCCCCGCCGCAGCCCUGGCACGCGGCCGCGCAAAUAUUUUGGCCUCGGCCACCGCACGCUGCCGGAGCUUUGCCAGCGGGCGGCACGGGGGGAGCACAGGGAUCUGGAAGGUUCCCGCGGCCCUAUAAAGGCGGGCGGGCUGCGCGGGGUGCUGAGCGAGACCAUGCCGGGUGCUUGGCUGCUACUGCUGCUGGCGGGGGGCCUGGCCCUGAGCGUCCGCGGGGACCCCAGAGCCCUGCUGCGGCGCAACAACGAUGCCAGCGGGCGCUGUACCUACAGCUUCACGGUGGCCAGCCCCGGCGAGGCCAGCUGCCCCGAGGCUGGCAGCGUAGCCCAGCUGCGUACGGAGCUGGCCGCCCUCACCGCCCGCCUGAGCCGCCUGGAGGGAGCUGGGGGCACGGGGGGCAUGGGGGGCUCGGGGCCGAGAGGGGCCGACGUGAGCAGCGUGUGGUCGCGAGGCCCCCAGCAAGCGGCCCCGGCGGGGUGUGAGGAGCUGCAGCGGGCCAAGGAGCGGCUGGAGGAGGAGAAGGGGAGGUUGGAGAGGGAGAAAGAGGAGCUGAGCCGGCGGCUGGAGAGCAGCACCCAAGAGAUCGCCCGCCUCAGGGCCACACGCUGCCCUCCCGGCAUGGGGGGGGUGCCUGGCCGUGAUGCCCUACGCUCUGCAAGCAAAGCCCCCAGGUGGCAGCCGGAGCCCCUCGGCUACCAGGAGCUGAAAUCGGAGAGGACGGAGCUCCCUGCAUCCCGGCUGCUGGAGGAGACGGCGCUCGGCCGCCCGCGAGCCGAGGACUCGGGCUGCGGCGAGCUGGCGUGGGUGGGGGAGCCGGUGGUGCUGGGCCGGGCCGACACCAUCGCCGGCAAGUACGGGGUGUGGAUGAAGGACCCCGAGCCCGUGGCGCCCUUCACGCGGGAGACCACGUGGCGCGUGGAUACGGUGGGCACGGAGGUGCGCCAGCUCUUCCAGUACGAGGCGGCCGAGCAGCUGGCCCGCGGCUACCCCGCCAAGGUGCACGUCCUGCCCCGGCCCCUGGAGAGCACCGGGGCUGUCGUCUACCGCGGCGGGCUCUUCUUCCAGCCGCGCCGCUCCCGCGCGCUGGCCCGCUACGACCUGCGGGCUGAGGCCAUCUCCGCCGAGCGGGAGCUGCCCGGCGCCGGCUACCACGGGCAGUACCCCUACUCGUGGGGCGGCUACACGGACAUCGACCUGGCGGUGGAUGAAACGGGGCUGUGGGUGGUGUACAGCACCGAGAAGGCCAAGGGGGCCAUCGUCCUUUCCAAGCUGGACCCCGAGACUCUGGAGAUCCGGCGCACCUGGCAGACCAACAUCCGCAAGCAGUCGGUGGCCAACUCCUUCAUCAUCUGCGGGACGCUCUACACCGUCAGCAGCUACUCUGCUCCCAACGCCACCGUCAACUUCGCCUACGACACGGCCACCGGCACCAGCCGCAGCCUCAGCAUCCCCUUCGAGAACCGCUUCCAGUACCUCAGCAUGGUGGACUACAACCCGGCGGAGCGGCGGCUCUUUGCCUGGGACAGCUACAACAUGGUGGCCUACCCCGUGCGCCUCGCUCAUGCCUGAGCACCGCCCAGCCCCCCGGCCUCCUGCUGUUGCCUCCUGCAAAGAAAUCCCAUUGUGCUCCAUGAAACAAAGCGCUUCUUCGGGGCUGAGCUGAGCCGGUAGAUGCGUCCCUCUCUGGCCCUCGUGGGUCUGAGUGGGUGCCGGUGGUUCCCAGCCCUGCUCCAGCAUCCUCCCAGCCCAGAGAUGGGAGCGGGCAGGGCUCAGGUGGGCAGGCCGCUGGCUGCCUUCCCGCUGGGACACGGAGUGGGACUGGAGAGGGGGCACCUUCAGCCACGCUGGCCCUCCAGCGCCCAGGAGCCCCAAGCUGCCCCUAUCGCAUCUGGCCUUGUCUCACCUCACCUUGCCAGCAGCUCUCCCGUGCUGCUUCCAGAACCCGCGGUUAUCACUAUUUAUUGUAGAAAGGCUGUAGGAGGCUUGCUACCCCCUCAGCUCGGGGGGAUGCCCCAAUAAAUUCUGCGGUAUUAAAUCAGAACAAACGUCUGAGUUUCAACUGCUAAACCCUAGAGAUUUGCUUAAUUUAAAAUAGCAUUACGAGGUGAGACGGGUGGGGGGGCAGGUUUGGGGCCAGCAUAGAGACACAGGGUGUGCCUGUGUCCUGUCCUUGCUGAGCAGUGCCAAUCACCUGCGGCCACCCACAGGGUGAGGAAAAAGGGCACGACCCUGUUCUAGAAUGGCAGUGGACAAGGGGAUGCCGCAGGCACCAAGGCAACACAAGUCCUAGAGCCAGGCAGCACACACGUCCCACAAUGCCAGCCUGCAGUGGGGCCGGGACAUAGCAGAGCAGCGCAGGCAAAGGCGUCCGCCCUGCAGUGAUGUGCCCGUGUCAUCGCCAUGGUGAAGCCUGGCAGUACCACAGAGCCCCGUGACCCGCGGCGAGCCUCUGUUGCACUGAGAUGCCUCAGCUCCCUCUGCACGAUGGCCAGGCCCGAGGUGGCCGUGUCCUGCUGCUCCUGCCACCUCUGUGCCGCCUCGCGGCUGGCUGCCGUCUCGCUGCAGGACUACAGCGAGGUGGACCGGCAGCACAUCCCCCCGCUCUCUGUUAGCUACGCCAUCUUCUCCAGGGAUCAGGAGCCGGAGCUGCGGGAGGAGCUGAGGACCUCCAGUGCCACAUCCAUGGAGCCCGAGGCCUGCAACACCUGCGUACUGCGGAGCACCCAGCUCCAUGUGCAGGCCCGCACUGAGGAGCAGCCCAUCAUCGCCCUGCGGGAGGCCGAGCCUAGGGCUGAGGCCUUCCCAUGGCUCCCAGCAGCGCAGUCCAGCAACCCCGCCAUUGACCGCAGCCCCAUCCCCGCCAUGCACACCUGCUGGGCUCUGUACGAGGGCCGAGAGCUGCGCCUGCAGGGCGAGGGGACGCAGUGUAGGCACAGCUGCCAGCAAUAAACUUUAGUCCAUCGCAGCA